GCUGUCCACCACCUCCAGCAAGUACUCUCCCGCCAUGGCGAACGCCUCGGCCAAGCGCACCGCGCAACAAAACGCAGGCACGAUCAAGAACCUCCGGCUCGGGCUGCUCGUCUCGUGCGCGCUCUCGCUCCUCCUCCGCCUGCUCUUCAACCGCGCCGCGCUCCACCCGACGACGCUCGCGUUCUGGGUGUACGCGCUCUCGCUCGUCCCCUCCGUCUUCCUCUCGCGCUACCUCGAGCGCAUCGGCUCCCCGCGGCGCGACCCGACGACAGGCACCCUCAUCUCCGCCGGGGAGGACCUGUCCCGCCCGGGCAUCUUGGAGUGGUGCUUUGACGUCGUGUACAUCACCUGGGCGUGCCAGGUCGGCAGCGGUGCACUGGGGACAUGGGUGUGGUGGCUAUAUCUCGUCAUACCGUUUUAUGCUGCCUUUAAGCUCUGGAGCGGGGUCAUUUCGCCAUACUUCCUCGGUCGCUCUGGAGGCUCGUCGGCACCCGCAGAGGGCGAGGUCGACGCCGGGAAGGAGACUUUGAGCAAACGCCAAGAGAAGCUCCGCAAACGGAAUGAACGUGGCGACCCGCGGGUACGUGCCCAGACGCGAAACUGACCGCGACCUAGAUGUACCCUCUGCCUCAUCUGCCUAAAAAUGUAC